AUGGGUAGGGAGUGCAUUACAUGCCAUUUUGUUAUGAAUCUGGAGCCCCAAGCUUAUUGUAUGCCAUUUGUUAUAAAACUGGAGCCUCCUCUUUCUUGCCCGAAUUCCGUCGUAGCAAGUCCUUUUUCCGUCAAAAAAGGUGAGGGCUUCUUUGGUGUGUUUGAGCCUCAGCGCAAGUCUUGUGACGUUCGGGAUCGGAGCACUCUCUGGUCCCUCUUCAACCUAGACGACAAAAGGAAUGCUGACAACAAUCACAACAAUAAGAAGGAAGCCUUGGCAUGGGGAGAGGUUGAGGUCAAGACCUGGAACGUUAAUAACAUUAAUGACGCAAAUGGUACCAAUCCAUGGUUUGUAUUCAUCCAGGGUCAACUUCGAUUGUGGUUUUCCUCUGAUGGGCUCUUAUUCAAUGCAGUGGAGGGCUUAAAUAAGACUGGUUUAAGCUAUAUCAGGAGGAAGAAAACCGGAAUCCCUGUUUUGGCAAUCGGCCCAACUUGUUCAUUGUUAAUAGAGAAACUAGGAAACGAUUGCAAUCGUUGCAUCGAUUGGCUGAAUUCCUGUCCCCAAGACUCUGUUUUGUAUAUUUCUUUUGGGUCUCAGAACACAAUCUCUUCUACCCAAAUGAUGGAAUUGGUAAAAGCAUUGGAAGCGAGUAGCAAGAAUUUCAUCUGGGUUGUGAGGCCUCCAGUAGAAUUUGACAUAAAUUCAGAGUUCUAUUAUUGUCUAAGGGCUUCUGUAACCUUUAAAAGAUGUUUGCCACCACCUAACAGGAUCAACUAA